AUGGACGUGGAGGACGCAACCAAGUUGAGCUACGACAAUUUUUGCACGCGGUAUAUGGCAUGCAAUCGACCUGUGCUGCUGCGAAAUGUAACGCCGACGUGGUUUCCUGGGACAAGAAAAUGGCACAAUGAGCAUAGUAUUAAUUAUACGCAUUUUAAGGAACAUUAUGGCACUGCGUUGGCCCCGGUAGCGAGCGGGGAAGUUGCCGAAUACGGAGCGAAGGAUCGUCAGACUAUGAAAGUUGUUGAUUAUGUGAAUCAAAUAGAGAAUGGGACGGUGGGUAAGAAGUAUCUGAAGGAUUGGCAUUUUGUACAUGCUUUUGGCAGUGAUAUCUACGACACGCCACCAUUUUUCAAGGAUGACUGGUUGAACUGGUGGUGGGACCAUAAAGAGAAUAGCAAAAGCGAUUAUCGGUUUGUGUAUAUUGGCCCCGCUGGAAGCUGGACACCGCUUCAUCAAGACGUCUUUCGUUCGUACAGCUGGUCAGUCAAUAUUUGCGGCCGCAAAGAAUGGAUUUUCUAUCACCCAGAUGAUGAACCCAAAUUGAAGGAUUGCUUUGGCUAUGUAGUGCCUGACGUUACGGCGGAGUACAUUAACGAAGAGAGGUAUCCUCGAAUUCAUGAAGCAAAACAAGUGUACACAAUUCAGGAAUCUGGCGACGCUAUUUUCGUUCCGAGUGGAUGGUAUCACCAGGUCAAGAAUCUUGAAGACACGAUCUCAAUCAAUCACAAUUGGUUCAACGGAUAUAAUAUUCGUGAAGUAUGGACAUUUCUUAAGCUCGAGUACGCUGCCGUCGAUAACGAGCUCAAAGAAUUGAAAAAUAUUGGCCUCGUGGGUUAUGAAUUUGUUGACCAAUGCCAACGGGUCAUGCAGGCAAACACUGGCAUUAACUACCUGGAGUUUCGAGAGCUAUUGUAUGCCAAGGCUAGCGAUCUUUUAAAGAAAAGAAUUGUUGCAAAUGACAACCACUUGGCAGUCAAAAAAAGCGACUUGAUUCUUCAUUUAAAACAUGUGCGUGAUAUUCUCCAAGAACUAAAUGCAGCUUUAAAAGCGUUUGAUCAAGAUAUAAACGUCAGCGAAACAUGGCGAGAUGUUGAUUUGCAAUUAACAAGUUUAGGCGAGUGA